GCGGUCACAUUGCAAAUAUAAGUGUAAAAAUAAGACUUAAUUAUGAGUUAAGUCCAAGAAGAAGACAGGAGGCACAGGAAUAAAUCCAGGAUUACAGUGGCUGGGAACUGUGGAGCAGUUUCCUCCCCGAAACUUACCCAAGGAACCCAGAUACGUGGUUUGUGUUGUUUACUUUGGAACUGCUCUGAAAAGCUCUCUUUGCUCUGCUGCUUGAUAACCUUCAGACAAGAAAUGUGGCUGCGUUGUGCAAAGGAGAAGGAGGUCACCGGUCAGUCUGAAACUCCGCAGAGCGUGAUAGCAGCAGCUUAAGGGGUGGUGGUAAACAUGGCAAAAAGAAAUAGCAGCAUGUGGGUCACCCCAUCCUUGCAAGAUGGACGUGCUCUGUCCAGUCCUUCGGCCUGCCCAGUCUGUCAGCAGGGCAAGCUUUGGGUCUCUGUGGAGAGCAGCAAACUCUGGGGCAAAAGACUUUUUCAGCUUCAUUCUGUGCAAGAGAUGGGAUUCGUUUAGACUCGAUUACUUUUGCUACCCAGGUAAUGGAGGAGGCUGUCUGUCAAGCACAUGGGACCUGCACCCAGGUCACCUCGCUGCUACUUAGGCACAGCACCACGGGAUUUCCUUUCCUUUCACAUCGUUGCUUUGAGGAUGAAUGCGUUGCAAAGGGUCACGCUUCAGCCAUCGGUUUUGGGUAUAUGGAGUGUGCACCUUCUUGUGCUGCCCUGCCCUGAGGGUAAGGCAGUGGGAAGCAGAUUUGAUGUCUGUGCUCAUGCUCUCACUGUCUGUAAGCAAAGUGCCAGGGCUGCCUCCAGGGUGCUGCUGGUCUGUGUGCCUGGGAAGGGGACUGUGUGUGGAGAGGAAACACAGGACAGUCCUUACUGUCAAAUGAUUGAUUGGGUCGCUGAUAUUUGCACCGCGUUUUGUAGCAGGUCUCUGUUCUGCGUGCUGCACUGCACUUAUAAACCUAUUUAAAUACUUGUAUUUUUAAAAUUUUCAGUGCUACCUUCUGUCCUGCUCCUACAGCUAAUGGAAAUGUCUGUUUGCUGCUGGAAGUAUGGUAGGGUGUUUAGUUCUGCAGUGACUUCAAGAUCCCCAGCUGCCCUGGUACUUGUCAUCUUCUCAAGGCGCUUUUCUGUAGCGGGGAGAGAUUGCUUCCCUAGGGAAGAAAUAUCUUCCUUGCAGAGGCUGGAGCCUCCCCUCCCUCCUUGCCAUCUUUUCCUUGCCAUGUGGCACUUGUGAAGUAAGUUGGUUGAGUUGGUAAUCCGUGCACUUGUCACACAUCUCUCAUUUACUGCGUAGUUCCUGAAUAUCACCUCUGUGUGCCUUCCUUUGCUUGGUGUAUAACCACCAAGCGGUGGGAAAUGAAAAAGUACUGGAAGAUUUCAUGGCUUUGUUGUUUUGUGGCAUUGUUGGAUGCUGUUUGUGGGAGGGGGAAGAAGACGGGCUCUUGCUGAAAUGGCAUUUCAGCCCUCUUGGGGUCAAUGGGAGUACCGUCUCCGGCGUCGUUAAUGCCAGCACUCACCUGAAACUUCUACUUACAGAAGGUGUGGGCAGCUACCAGAUCAUCAGUCUGCUUACCAGGUGUGAUAAAGACAUCUUACGAAGAUAAAAGGCUUUCCUACGCUGCCUGUGAAAAUUAAUACUUGGUAGAGCGAGGAUAGUCCCCAGCAUUUUUACAAUCCACAUCGCCUUGAUUCAUCAUCAUUCCAGGAUAGUGGUGUCCUUGGGGCUCUCUCUUAACACUGAUAUGGUACAGAAGAUUUAAAAUCAGCUGAUGUUCACAAGGAAUAGAGUCACGUGAUGUAUGAAGGCAAACACAUACACUUCUCUGAGGUUGACAAUAAGCCCUUGUGCUCGUAUAGCCCCAAACUGUGCAAGCAGAGGCGACUUAACGGCUACGCCUUCUGUAUCAGACACGUUCUGGAGGACAAGACUGCCCCCUUCAAGCAAUGUGAAUAUGUGGCCAAGUAUAACAGCCAACGCUGCACCAACCCCAUCCCCAAAUCUGAGGACCGUAGGUACUGCAACAGCCACCUGCAGGUACUUGGCUUUAUACCGAAAAAGGAGAGGAAGAAAAAGAAUGAUCCCAUAGAGGAAGUAAAGGUCAGGCACCAGAUGGAUACUAUGGCCCUCAGUCUGACGAUGCCCACCCUGGCCUUGAAGAUGCCCAAUGGACUGGACGGGAUGUCCCUCUCCCCUCCUGGGGCUAGGCUUCCUCUCCACUACCUGGAGGCAGAACUAGAAGACCCCUUUGCUUUCAACGAGGAGGAUGAUGACCUAAAGAAAGGGGCAACAGUGAGGAAAAAGUUGCAGAGCAAGUUGGCUCAAAACCGGCAGCGCCAGAGAGAGACAGAGAUUUUAAAAGUUCGCCAAGAGCACUUUAGCCCCCUUCCUGCACCUUUGCAGCAGCAGCCUCUGCAGCAGCAGCAGCACUCCCAUCUGCCACCUUCAUCAGCUUUGUUAAAGCCAACAGGGCUACCGCAGGGCAUAGUCUGCAAGUCACCUCAACCUCCGAACACCAGCCUACCAAUGCAGGGAGUGGCACCCACCACACACACUAUAGCACAAGCCCGGCAGUUGUCUAACAAGAGACCUCUGCCUCUCCUGCCACCUGCUAGGGCUCCCGUCACGGACCCUCCAAGGACUGAUCGGGUCCUAAUGAAAGCCACAGCCUUUUCUCCGCACUCGUCCUGCAUGAGCCGGCUACAGAGACUGGUGAAACUGUGCACUCGAAAACAGCAGCUGGACACUGAUCUGUUUCCACAUCUAGGGCUGGAUUGGUCUGAAGACAGUGGAGAGGAGUUGGAGGAUUCAGAGCAAACCUCCCCUUACCAGGUCGCGUGGUCUGUCCGAGAAUCCCUCGGCUACGAAAGACAUGAGUCCGAUGAUGACAAUGCGGAUGACAGGAGUUCCAGGGUGACCAGACUUUGCACUUACUUUCAGCAGAAAUACAAGCACCUCUGCCGCCUGGAGCGGGCAGAAUCUCGUCAGAAGAAGUGCCGGCACACGCUCCGGAAAGCCUUGCUGCAGGCGGCCAGCAGAGAGCCAGAGCGUGCCGGGCAACUGAUCCAGGAACUCCGGAGGGCGACCUGUGCUCGUAGCAGCACAAGCCAAGCCAGGCAGAGAGAUGCAGAGCCAACAACCUGUAGUGGGACUUCGAAGGGAGAACCAUGCACUAACAAGGCCCUUCCAUUCACAAGGCAUUGUUUUCAGCAUAUCUUAUUGAACCGUUCUCAGCAGCUCUUCUCAAGUUGCACAGCCAAGUUUGCAGAUGGUCAACAGUGCUCUGUGCCAGUUUUUGACAUUACACAUCAGACACCUCUGUGCGAAGAACAUGCCAAAAAAAUGGACAACUUCUUGAGGGGGGACAGCUCCCGUAAAGUUCAGCACCAGCAGCAGAGGAAACCCAGGAAAAAAACAAAGCCACCUGCACUUACCAAAAAACACAAGAAGAAGAGAAGGCGAGGCCCGCGCCGGCCCCAGAAACCUAUUCCUCCUGCAGUGCCCCAAGGGAACCUCACCAUGCCUGCCAGUGUCUCACUGCCAGUAGAGAUGCCCCAUAUACGGAGCCCCUCCACCCCAGAGCUGAGUGCCGAUGAGCUGCCUGAUGAUAUCGCCAAUGAAAUCACAGACAUUCCACAUGACUUGGAAUUGAAUCAGGAGGACUUCUCUGAUGUCCUGCCACGGCUGCCCGAUGACUUGCAAGAUUUUGAUUUCUUUGAAGGUAAAAAUGGAGAUCUCCUUCCAACAACAGAAGAGGCUGAAGAACUGGAACGGGCCCUACAGGCUGUAACUUCUCUUGAGUGCCUGAGUACCAUUGGAGUACUUACACAGACAGAUGGUGUGCCAGUUCAGGAGCUGUCAGAUAGAGGGAUAGGGGUGUUCUCUACAGGUGCUGGAGCUCCGGGAAUGCAGUCCUUGAGUCGAGAGGUUAACACGGAUCUGGGGGAGCUGUUGAAUGGGCGUAUAGUACAUGAUAAUUUCUCCGGUCUGGAGCUGGAUGAGAACUUGCUCCGCUCUGCUACCUUGUCCAACCCACCUACGCCCCUGGCAGGGCAGAUCCAGGGGCAAUUCUCAGCCCCAGCCAACGUCGGCCUUACUUCUGCCACUCUGAUAAGCCAGAGUGGCCUUGGGGAGAGAGCCUUCCCAGGACAGUUUCAUGGACUUCACGAUGGCAGCCAUGCCUCCCAGAGGCCCCACCCUGCCCAGCUGCUGAGCAAGGCAGAUGACCUGAUCACCUCACGACAGCAAUACAGCAGUGACCAUUCACACUCCUCACCCCAUGGAAGCCAUUAUGAUAGUGAGCAUGUGCCGUCUCCCUACAGUGACCAUAUCACAUCCCCUCACACCACAUCCUUUUCUGGUGAUAACCUGGCAGCUACCUUCUCAGCAGAGAUGCCCAUGAUGGCACAGCACUUGCUCCCAACUCAGCUGGAUGUGCCACUUAGCGGGGUGGUCAACCCCAGAACUCACUGGGGAAGCCUUCCUGUCAAUCUUGGGGACCCCUCUCCGUUUAGCAACCUUCUUGGUGCAGAUGGACAUCUCCUGUCCACCUCCCUGUCCACACCACCUACCACCUCGCACUCAGAGACCACACAGCCUGCCUUCGCCACUGUGACCCCCAACAGCUCCAGUGUGCUUCCGGGGUUGCCGCAGACCAGUUUUAGUGGCAUGGGUCCUGCCUCCGCUGAACUCAUGGCCUCCACCUCCCCUAAACAACAGCUCCCUCAGUUCAGCGCAGCCUUCGGGCACCAGCUGAGCUCCCACAGUGGCAUCCCCAAGGAUCUGCAGCCCAGCCACAGCUCCAUAGCUCCUCCCACGGGCUUCGCAGUGACCGGUGCCACCGCUACCAGUACCAAUAAUGCAUCUGCGCCCUUCACCACCUCCAACUGAGCUUGUCUGCCUGGCUCUGUGCAGGUAGAUGGGGGACCUGUGUUUUCUAUCUUUCUUUUCUUCCUUUAUUUUUUUUUCUCUCUUCUAUUCCCCCUCCCCCCUCCCCCCUUUUUUUUUAAAUUUUUUCUUUUAUCAGGGGGUUAAAAAGGAAACCCCAGCUUCAGUACUGACCAGGGUUAGCCCUCUGUGAACCUUCCUGUAGCGUUCACAUGUGCUUGUUACGCACCGGUGCUCAUUUAGUGCAGGCAGGUUCACUGUUCCCCAGUAAUUCCUUAAGGAUACAGCACAGUUACUGGAUGUAAUUGAUUUUAGCAGUAAGACCUAGCAAUGGGAAGAUACCUCAGAUUACGGAUGCAUGUUACUGUUUCCUAGGGUUUGGAUCGGUGCUUGCCAUCCUAUUAGCAUCUGGUAGAAAGUUUUCCAGUGGGCAGAAGUCUUUUUUAUUAUUAUUAUUUUUUAUUUUCCCAAAGGUAGCAUCUGGCAUUGAAAACUUGGCUGCGCACAUUGAAUUGAGAAUAGUGCACUGAAGUCCUAAAACAAGACCAUGGUUCAAGAAUGAGUUUGACAGCUUGUUAAGAUAGUGUCUUGACCACCUGUGUGUGCGUGUGUGUGUGUUUGGGGUGCAGGGAGCAGCAGUUCUUUUUCUGCUUUUGGUGAAGAAGUGGAAAAAGCGGGAGUUGUCCCCUUUUGGAUCUGGUCACUGUUCUUACUGCAUGCUGACUUUUGUUUUGAUGAUGAUGAUUUUUAAUUCAUUGAGCAGCAAGGGGAACAAUUGACUGGUUGCCCAUAAAUUUGAAGGCUGAUGCAAAGUUAGCCCAGAGAAAAAAAAGAACAACUAAAAACAAAACAAAACCAGAAACAUUGAAAUAGAAUAAUGGUGUAGUGAAGAUUCCUGUGCAGAAAUUCCCUUCCUUGCUGAAUUACUGUGGCCUUGUAACAUUGAUGGUUUGCCUUUUCAAGUGUGGCUUUGUCCCAGACUCCUUGCCUGACAGGCUGACAGGUAUUUUCCAGCUGAAACUGGGAGAAUUCAGUUGGUAUUCUGCCCAUCCACACAAGUCUAGUUCAGACCCUGUGGUAAGUUCCAAACGGAUGUAUUCGUCCAAUUGUUUCUGCCUAUUGAGACUUUGUUAGCUUUUUUUCCCACCAAGCCAUAUUGUUUCUGGGUUUUCUUAUGGGACUUGAUGCUCUUAACGCGAAGCUGAGUGUGUGUGAGGAACUAGCAGGUAUCAUAGCCUAUCAGCAGUCGUGGCUAACCAAAAGGUAAAUCACUAAAGCCAAGUAGGCAGAUAAGAGUUGUUUUUUUUUUUUGUUUGUUUGUUUUUUUUGUUUUUGGCUGGACAGGUUUGCUUUUACUGCCUACCUGCUGAAGACAGCAUUCAGACUCUUAGGUAGUAAUUUCAGUUCUUAAAGAAUGGAGUCCACUAGCUUCUAGAUGCUUUUAUUUUUUAUUUUGUUUUUAAUCCAAGGGAUAACAGCAGCAGAAAUCCAGAGGUGUUUACAUGUAUCUCUUUACUGGAAGGGAAAAAAGGAAUUUGCUUGCGACUUUAUAGGGCUCAGAUUUGCUACUAUACUUUGACUGUAAAAGUAACUCCUAUUUCAUUAGCAUAACAAGUCUUUACUGCUCUUGACUUGUUUCUUAGAUGCAAAUGUGAGAGAAUAGAAAAACCCACAUUUCAGUCUCUGAUUUCCUCUCUGAAGAGGGAUUUCCUUCCACCUUACAGUAACACGUUCUACCUGCAUCUGUUCUAGUCUAAUCCAGGAAACUGAGAACCAAGCACAUGUAAUAGGAGGCCUAAUAAAUUGUUUGAGCAAGGGAUCUUUGAACUAAGUUUAGUUUCUAUAGGAAUUCAUUUCGUUAGCAGUCAGACCCACAUCGAACUCUGACCCAAACCUCUCCUUUCAUCUUGCUAAAGAACAAAGUUUAAAUGGGAGAGGUCUUGUCUCCUUACUAUCAGAGCAAUCACACUAUCCCCUUUUCUUGAAAGGUUUGUCCUCCUUACACUUAAAGGAGAGUAUGGAUGAUGUGUAUGUCCUUAUGAAAUUGCAAGUGUAUGUGGGUGGAGGAAACAAAAAUGAUUUUCAUGCUUCUGUUGUUAUGAAGUCCUUAUUUCAUACUUGGUAAAAUAGAUCUUAAUAAUAUAAGCCGAAUAUUUUUUAAGUGGUGAUUUAAAUAUGUUUGUAACAUUUAAAUGUUUUUAAAUCAUGUAAAAAGUUGAAUUGAAGCCUAUGAAAUCCUGCUUGUGAUUGUCCUGCUGAUUGAGGAAUGCCCAGUGGUAUUGUGAAAUGAGGCAAAUCUGACAAGGCAUUUAUUUAUUUUUGUAUUAAGAUCCCCACAUUUUGUUGAGGAGACAACUGUUUGAUUUGCAAAUGAUUUUCCUUGUGUCCAUAUACUUUCUUCAAUGUGUUUUGGAUGACUGGCUGAAGAAGAGUGAAGAACUAGUAUACCAAAUGGUUAAUUCUUUAAUCUGCUUGUGUAUUUGUGUCAUUUUUAGAGGAUGUUAAUUUCUAUAAAUUGGUUUCAGGACUUUGGUUUUGAAAUGAUUCUUGUGCCCAUCAAACUCUCUAAUGAAGCUGAAGCUAUUGCAGAGUUUAAUUGCUCUACGUUACGUUUCUCUUUCUUAGCAAAUGCAGGGUGUGAAGGGGGGGAGAGGAAUGGAGGGCCAAGUUCUGCUUGCUCAAAUUGGCAUAAAUUUCAGAGGAGCGUUUUGGUGUAAGGUCACUGUGAGUUUGUACUGGUGUAAUUCAGAACAGAAUCCAGCUCCUGAUCGAGUGUUAUUUUAGUCAGGGAAUUUCAAAAGCUAUCAAAGUUAUGCAGGUUCAUAAUUCUCAUUUGAAGUCAUUGGCCAUUGUGGAUCUGCAUUCCUGUAAGGCAGCCUAGGACAUCAACUCUUCCUCCACUUAGACUUCAGGUUUGUAUAUCCCUUGAUGACCUUUUCCCGAAAAGUGAUUAGGUGACAUUUUUCAGUGAGCAAACUAAGUUUGCAGUAAAUUGUACUAAUAAAAAUGAAUUUGUUCAUACACAUUGGAAGGAAUAGGAAUCCCUCUGUCCUGUCUGAUAGAGUUCUGAAAUGGGCACUCAUUCUUGCUUUCUUCUGAUUCAUCUCCUAUUUUUUCCACUGCCACCAAUACAGCCUGACAAGAACUUAAGAGAACUGAUCUUAGUUUUACAGGAGGGAUCGUACUGGUAGGCUUCUACACCUGCAGAGCCCAUUGAGUUCAGCGGAUUGGUGUCUUACUGCUGGAUAUGGGAGAUCUCAUUGAGAAGCUUGUGCAGCAAAAAUUUGGCAUCUCUUCCUCUGGGAAGUACUGCAAGUCUGGAUGAGGUAGUCCUUGUGUAAUUUCUGAAUAGCAUCCAUGCUCUCUUGCUGAGGCUUUUGAAUAUCAUCUCCUUGUACAGCAAUUAGCACUCUAAUCGCCCUUUAACCAAAGAGUCGGUGUAGCAAUUUCAGUCCAUUGAUUUGAGUUGGUCAAUAUCUGUCGUGCCCUUUACAUAUGAAUGGAUGGAAUAAAGCUAGUUUAACUUAAAAGUUAAUUUCCUUACACGAGAUUUGAGUUGUAGAGAAUUGAGAAAAGAAUUAGACCUAGAAUAAAGUACCAUUAGGAUCAUUUUUUGUUAAUAGCUGCACCUCAAUUAUUCUUGGUACAAAAGUGUAAGGAUUGACAGAAUGACACAUAACAGUGUAUGCUGGCCUAGUGUGUAAGGUGUUCUGUCAGACACACUUUCACUUAGGAAGAUUUUAGGCCAACUUCGAGGGGAGCCAUAUGCACUUAGAUAUACCUCAAGGCUGAUUUGUUCUUAGGCCUUGUCAUUAGCAAUGGUAGAAGAGGAUGUAUCUGUGAUGCAAAAAGAUAGGAAAGAUGCCAUUUUUUGUCCCCUCCAGCCAUCCAUUUCCUCUAGGUUCUUGCUUAGUUCUCUUCUCGUUAGCAGCAAGUUUCUUUGUGUCUUUGGACAUACAGGUUAGUGGAACAAUUACAUCAGUAAUGCUGAGAGGUAGCACAGACGCAGGUCUGCCUCAUGCACUACAGGCCGCAACAGGUAGGUUUCCCGCUUCUUUCAGCAGGUUAGUGAAUGAGGAUUCACAGUUCUUGUUUGAAAACAUGUGAAUGCCUUGAGAAGCUUACAACCCACUAGGCAAAAGUCACAGAUGGUAUUGGAAGUACAAAAGUAAGGGAACAAAUGUUAAAAGAGGGCCUGGGAAUGAAUCUGCAGGCUAGUACCCACAUUCAGUUAGAGGCACCGUUUUGCUGUAACCACAUCUAAAUACAGUCUAGGGUUGAACUGGCUUGCCAGGGACGAUGGGUCUCAAGGAAUAAUACCCUGUAGAGGUGUCUUCACUGAGAAAUUGUCCCUAGUGAUUAAGUACAUAUGCUGCUGGUCCACAUCCAAAGCUCUAGUUCCUCCAUGGUGCUGUAGCAGCUUGGCUGUUCUGUUUCCCUGUAGGCAUCAGCAGGACCAGCUCCCUGCUGAAUCUUUCAAGUGGCGGAGGCCAAUGACCGCAGCAAGGGGAGUUUUCAGCAGGCAAAGAGUAGGCAACUUACCUUUGGUGAUUCUUCUGCGGUGAGGCAUUGCACAGAUGUCAGCGCAGCUUUCCUGAUGGGAUGUUUCUUUUUGCCUUUGAAUUUUUGCCAUGACCUGUAAAGAAGUCUCUGUUGCAGUCCGGUUGCAACGUCCUCUGGUGGUGGAGAUACUAACUGUAGGAGUAGGUUUGGAUCUUUUGAGUGAUAUUUAGUACUGGGGUGUUGUGGGCAGCUCCUCUUACCCCUCUCCCCUCCCUUUAUUUCCUUCCGUCUGCAUUCUCCAUCAUUCUUUCUUUUCAGUCUCCCAUUCUCAGAUAGUUCUUCAGUGUAGGCAAUGUCAACCGUAAGUCUUCUGUGGCUUGGUCCUGAGGGGAAUGUGGCUGUGAAACACAAAGGGGGAGAGAUUCCUGCAUUUCAUAGCAUACAUCUGGGGUGCUAGGAUGACAGUCUACUAGACGUAAAAUAUUUCUCAGCUCAGUGAGUAAGGUUUCACAGCACACUGAUAGGUAAUGUGCUGGAUGCUGAGGAGCGCACACAUCAGCAGUGAAUCUGUAGGCUUUUAGUGAGCAUCUGCCUUCUCACAGAUUUUUCUUGUUUUGAGAAGUGCAUCAGUAGAAAAUCACAGAAGUUUUAGAUUACUCUCUUCAAAGGCUGCGUGAAGAAGCCCAGCUAAAAGUAAAGGUGGUUGGGGGAAAAACUGACAUUUGAAUUUACUAAGCUUAAAUUCAAACUUGCGGCGAUGCCUUGUCUGUGAGAGACCUUAGCUCCUCCAGCUAAAUUGUUGGGAAUGAAAAGUCUGUGGGAGAAGGAGGAAUUGCAGAACAUUGUGUCUUCGAACAAUUUUCUCACCCGCAUCUUCAGCCAUUUAAACACAAACCGCAAAAGUGACUCAGUUCUGGGAGCUUUUCCUUUGCUGUUCUGCUACUUGUCCCCUGGUUGUUGGGUUCUUUGUUUUCCCCUGUUGUAUUCUGCUUCCACACACUUGUUCUCUGGCCCCUGGGGAAUAGGGUGGCAGUGGAGCAUGAAAGAAGUCGGUGGGCUUGGCUGCAGAUGGACAUCAGUAGAGAAGGCUUUCUUUUUCCAGCUCCUUAUAAGCGUUGGCACCUUUUCUGUCUUCCCUGGCUCACAGAAUUUAGUUUGGAAGUCAACAGGUUGAAAUUCAGGCUUUUGACCUUAAAACUGUACAUGGUUGAUGUGGGAAAAGUGCAUUCCUCAUGCUCCUUCCCCUCCCUGGCCCCCAAGCACACACACACACACACAGUGAGAUACACAGAGUACGUGCGCGCGUUGCACUUGGUCCGGCAAUGCUAACGUUUUAUCUGCUUGCUGCCUUCACUGGCUGGUGCCCACUGAAGUGAGCUCUGGGUAGGUGAUGUCCCCAGAUAUCCUCUGGAAAACUUUAACCUUGGUGCAGAUUGCUCUAAUGUAGCUGACUGACAUGGCAUUUGCUUCUGCUUUGGAGUGGAAUGAUUUACCCUGUAAUGACUCUAACCUGCGUUCCAAACAGCGUAGUUGGUCCCAAUGAAAACAGAUUCAUUCUGAAGUGAUGAACAGUUGGGUUCUCAUGCAAAAUAUCUACAUCCUACCAGAAGGGGUUGAACCAGUUUCUCUGAACAGUGAUUACCUUCACUGUACAGUUUUGGGUAUGUCUCAGGGAUUCCUUGUGGAAAUAAGGGCAGUUAACAAAACAAAAAACAAAAAACAAAAAAAAAAAAAAAAGGAAAAAAAAAGGAAAAAAAAAGAAAAAAAAGUAAAUAGUUUUAAAAGUAAAUAAUAAUUUAAGGUAGAGCGUCAUCUAAGUGAGAGUGCAAGAAAGAGAAAUCCGUGUUCAGUUUUCUAGUCCACUGUCUGGCUUAGGGACUCUUUCUCUUCUCGGGGCUCUCAAGAUCAACAUACAGAAUCUUUCUCAUCACGCUCAGCUUUAAACUUUUUAUUUAAAGAUACCCUUCCCCAAUGAGCUUUCAGAAUACUUAUUGUAGAUUUUAAGAGAAAUGGUAUAUUAAUUUAUGCUAUUAACAUCACCUCAUAAAUUAUAAGUUUUAUACUAAAGCUGUAUUGAGUGUAAUGAAUUAUGUUGCAUAUGUGUUUUUAAUAGCUAUAAAAUUAUAUACAAGCUUUUUUGGGAAGACAAACUAGUGAAGCACCUUUUUACACUGGAUUUUGCCGUGUCAAGGUGUACAGCUAUUCUUUGCUACCUUGCAGAUAUCUAUAUCUAUAUCUAUAUAUAGAUAUAUAUAUAUAAUUAAAAUAAAAUGGUAUCCUGUAUCAACAAAGCAUAGAACUCUUUUUAACCCUUAUAUUACUGUUCCUGUAUCUCUUUUUAAAUUUUAUUUUGAGUGUUACAUUCUGCAAUAAUUUAUCUGUGGUUUGUACCUUUGAUUAGACAUUUAGUUACAGGGUAAAUAGAUCAAAUUAAACAAUCCAACUACUGUAGCUGGAAGUUGUGAACCAAGUUUUAAGACUUUUUUCUUUUUCUUUUUUUUUUUAAUGUAUUUAUUUCCAGUUAGCUCUGUGAGUUGGAAUUUGAAAAGUCAGAACAUUAGAAAUCUCAGUGUCUUAUUCAGGAAUUUUCCCCCUCCUUUCCUCACAAAGGAAUUCCCACUGUGACUUAUAAAUAGAACUAGACUGCUUGUGUGCAUGUAUGUAUGAUAUAUACACACAAAAAAUAUGCAUUGGGGGGGAUGUAUGUGCGAUACGAAUGUGUAUAUUGUAUGUAGGUCAUAGUUUUGUAAAGAGAAAAGUAGUCGAGAGGUGAUGGAAUGUAUUGUAGAAAUGUGAUUAUUUAGUAGGGGGUUCCUAUGUCCUCAUUGUUGUAUAAAUAACUCAAACUCUCUACUAUAUAAUCUUCUGUUAUAAGGCUAAUUCUGAUAUCAUGUCAAUUUUACUGUUUUUUAAAUGACUUGCAGUGAGCCCUGUUUAAAAUGUCAUGAAAAUACCAAGCUCCCAAAGACAGCCUUUACAUGAAAUACAGGGAGGAGGAGGAGGGACGGGAGAAUUGAGUGAUAUUUUUCAGGAGAAUUUGAAAUGGGGAGUUCUGUAUUUGGUGGGAUGACGAGACAGACGGAUUAUGUAUUUUUGCAGAUUAAUACCCGAAUCUCUUAUGGUCUGACGUGGAAAAUGUGGUUAAUCAGUUGUACUUGGUUUUCAAAUCAGGUUGUAAGGGGCACUGGCUGAGGACCGAUCUCCGUUCUGUAAGAGGCUCUUGUCUUCAAAGCAGAUUCUUUUCUUUCCUGAAGGUCUUUGUGUGUAUUGAUUUUACUCCAGAAUUGCUGUUUUGGGAUUGCAAAGCAAAAUACACUUUCAGCCCAGGGAAUUCCACUUGUGAGUUUUGGAAUUUGGUUUUGGCCAUUUAGCUUCUUUCAUAAUCGGAGAAGGAAGAUUUCUUUGAGAGUUCUCACUUGAAAGGGUGAGGAAUCAGAAACAUUCUUACGUUUUUGCUUACACUUCAUACUGUGCAUCAGUUACAACAUUCAGGCUGGAGAAAAGUAAAGCCUAGCUGUUAUUUGCUCAUACAGUUUCAUUUCUAGUGAUGCUGAUCCCGGUGGCUUUAAAAAUCUGUUUAGAUGAACAGAGCUUCCAAUAUUGCACAGACAUUUUAAUUGUAAUGUUUUGAUUUUUUUUUUUUAAAGCAGUUACAAAUCAACCCUUGAAGUUUUUGUACGUUCCCUUCCCUCUCAGUAUGUCCAUGCCCCAGUGCGUUUCCUUUCUCAUGCGUCUGCAUGUACGAGUGAACAUGGCAGGGAGGUGGAUGUUGUCAGAGGCCUUUCCUUCUCGUUUGGUGGUAAUGGGAGCUAGCAGCAUAAAUCUGUAUGCCUUUUGGGGAAAAACAGACCUGCUUUUGUGUAUACCUGUACAGAGAGAGAUAUCUGUAUAUGAGACGUUGGUAGCACUUCGCUGAAUGUGCUCUUGUCCUCAUGAUGCACGAUGAAUAGGUAUGAAUGCAAUCAAUCUGUGUAUAUAUAUAUAUAUAUAUAUGCAUACAGAUGUAUAGAUGGAAUAUAUGUAGUGUCACACACGUGCAUUAGUUGUAAUGUGAACAAGUGUGUGAGCUGAAAGAAAGACUAGCCAUAACCUGUGUGUAACAGGUAAGCACGUGGUGCCAAACUAGGUGGUCUUAGUUCAUCUGAGGGAUUUGGUUGGUGUCAGUGAUUGGUCUGAUCUCGGUCACCGCUGAUUUUCGUUACCUCAGCCCUCAAAGCAGAAUUUUCUUGGUACAUUUUUGCUUCUGUGUGUAUUAAUACUCAGCGAGGCCUCUUGCAAUGCCGACCUCUUUUGCUUUGCUGCUCCAUUACCUCCAUUCCAGCUCCUCCCUGUCCCAGUAUCUCCGAAGCUUACCUUGCUAUAGAAGUAAGCAGCUCUAAUGGCCCUGUCCAGCUCUUCCUAUGCAGUAAGGAAAUUGUCUGGGUGACUGCAGUGGCAGCUGAAUUGGGUCCUGAGCACUUGCCUGACCAUGACUGUGAUUGAUUUGCAGAUGAACGCUAACUUCCCUUAGAAACUGAUGCAAAGUUACCUAGCAUAUUAAAAGGUUAACCCGGCACCACGAUUCGAAGCUAAAUACUCAAAAUGAGAAAAGCAAACCCACUGAAAACAUCUUAAUUUUCAGCCCCAGGGAGAAAAAGGGAGCUCAGUGUGCCUUUCCCGUAAGGAGAGCAGUGAGCAGAAGGCAGCCUUGUGCUCGGUUCUGAGCGGCGCUGUUGUCAAACAUGUCAAGAGAAACACAGCUCGUUAGCUUUACCAAUAAACAGAUUUUGAAGUGAGCUGCAGAGUUGACCAUUAGCAUGCAAGUACUUUGCAUCUCAUUGUGCAUUGAAUGAUUUUGCUUAUGCAAGUAAAUUGUGGUUUUAAGUAUUUUAUUUUGUUUUCUGGCUAACUGGAGUUCUCCUAUCCUUUUAAGCAGAAAGCAGCUGUCAGAAACCUGCUCAGCCACACGUAAGCACUGCUGACAUUCAUGGCUCGCUUACCUGUGGUUUCAGUGGAGAGUGCAGCUCCGUUCUGCCACUGGGCCUUACUGCAGUCCACGUUUUUAGUCUGGGCAUGGCACUGUUUUUCUUGGCCACAGUUCAGCCAUGGAAUUUUGUCUUCCUUGCAUUUCUAUUAGGAAAAGGUAACUGAUGUACUGUUCCAUCUGAGCUUUCAUGCAGUCAUACAUGACGAUUUCUAUAACACGUGUUUGGGCGUGUGUAUGGGUAUGGUUGUGUACUGUGUGUGUAUAAUACAUGUAUGCACACAUAGAUGACCCUAUUUCAGUUUAUGUAUGUGGAGAACAUACUUGUUGGUCCUCUCCUGGUAUAUACUCAUGCAUUCGUAUAUUAAAUAUGUAUAUAGAGUGUAGAUGUCCUGCAUAUACAUGUGUAUAUGUUACGAACCUUGGAUGGCAUUUUUUUUAAACAUUUUGCAAAUUGCUGUCCCUUAUGAGAUAUUUUCUCUGAAGCUGCAUUAUAUAGAAGAGAUGGAGAAACGUGGUAUCAAAGUUUUAUUUUAAAAAGGAGACUCUUAAUUAUCUAAAGCCAUUUGUAAUUGUCUUUUGAAUUUUUACUAGAAGGGUUGUUAUUAAAAAAGGAAAAAAAAAAAAAGAAAAAGGAAAAAAAAAACCAAAAAACCACCAUCACCAACACAACGACAAGCAGACCUUACUCCUACCAUCACUUAAGAUGGGAAGAAAGAAAUGGAGGUGCAAGUUCCGAAGUAUUUAUUUCCUUCUGAGGCAUGUUGUAAUCACGUUCUGCCCACCUCUCCUCUCUAAAUAGAAUUAAUGAUUCAUGGUUUCUUUUACACAGCUUUCCCCAUUACUUUACCUUCUUCAGUCGUUGUUCACCUCCUACGUUUGGUAGUGCUGAUGGCACUGCGGAGAUCUUGAGCUCUUCUGUCCUUUCCAGGAAUAAUUCUGGUGCACCGCUGUCGUGUUUCACGUUAACAUACUCGUGGAGGAUGGAUGUUUCUUAUGAAGAUGUCUGUAAUAAGUCUUUAACUUAUUUAAUGCGAGCAGCCUUUGCUGGAGUCUAUUGUUUCUUUCCAAAGAGUUUUGCUUUUUUCAUCAUCACUCUUUAGUUCCCUUCGUAUUUGAUCCCUGAGGUUUUAGGGUUUGGGUUGUAUUAUUGUGGGGUUUUGUUGUUUGUUUUUUUUUGUUGUUUUUUGCUUUGUUUUUAAAUUCCCCAAAAAUGUUUGUCUGCACGUAGAGCAAACCAGGUGUCAGCCCCACCCCAUAUCCUCUUUGCAAUGAAGAGUAAAAUAUCUUAAGGUGAUCUUAAGAGAAGGUGGCAAGUGGACAAUCUGAAGUGCUUUGGGGGGAACGGUCACUCUUUUCAAGGCUGUCUCAGAGAAGUUUGUGUUUGGUGUCAUUUUAAAGGCAGCGCGAUCGCACUGAUAUCAGAAGCAGCCUUCUAACAAAGAGCCUCGUACAGCUGUUUGGCCACUCGAGUUUAAAGCGUAAAGUUGCAGUGGGAAAGCACAGGUGAGGCAGUGUAUUUGAACCAGUGAAUUGUAGCUUGCAAACGUAACUGAUUUUGAAGUAACUGCAUGGUAGCAAGGAUUAGCAGUCUCUUACACCCCUUCCUUGUUCCCUUUCAUCCCCAACAUGUAUUCAGCAUACCAUACAUUGGGAAAAAACGACAGCUUGCUACAGCAAAGCUAAAUCCAAUAGUGACUGCUUAAAGGGAACAUACAAACUCGCGCUGCCGCGUCCUGCACCGUGCUGACGGGCACAGAAAGCCCCGUCUGCUUCUGCAGAUGUGCUGCUUUGGGGAGAGCAGAACCUUGGGGGUGCCCGAGGAGAGCAGUUGCAGCGCCAGCAGCUCCCAGCGCGGCUCUGACAGCGUUCCAGGGUGGGUAGGAAGGCUCCUGUUUGUACUUCCCUUUAAAUAGGAUCAGUUGGCUCACAUGUUCCUCAUACUUCUCAAUGAAUGUACUGUAUUACCAUUAAAAAAAAAAAAAAAAAUCAAUGAAAAUGAUGAUAGAUUGGUCUCCUUUUGUUAUCUGGUCCUUGUUUAAUUUGUUUAAGGGUUUUUGUAUACAAAAGUUUACAUUUUUAUGUAUAUUUUUCUUGUGUAAAAACUGAUGUAAUAUGUGUAUAAAACACUGUAUGUAUUAUCUGUAUAUAGUGUGACAAAAUGAUUUUCUUUCUUUCUUUUGGAUGUAUUAAUAAAUCUUGCUGUGAAGUA